AGUUCCCAGUAACAACCAAGCCAACUACCAUCCAAUACUCCAAUACUCAACAAAGUUGUCAUAAGAAAAACAAGGCCUUAUCUCACUAUUCAUUGGGUCAAUAUAAUCCUUUGGCCACAUUGUAUUCUCCUCUUACAAGCAAAAGCAUCAGAGGAAAGAAAGAUGAAGAGAGAGGGCUGGCAGCAUGGAAUGGUUAGAUUCAAUCCCAAGUCUGUCAAACACCUCGAAUCCGAGCCUGCAGCGGCGGCGGCGGCGGCGGCAGCAGGAUUCCGGUCCAGGCUUCUUCCGAAGCCGACGAACAACUCGAAGUUCACCGGGAAGUGCCGGAAGGCGCGGUGCAAGUCCUGCCACUGCCACCCUGUGUCCAAGUCCAGGGACAAGGCCAAAGGUGCCUACAAGCUCAAGUCCUGCGACGUCGCGCUCAACCACCGGCUGGUUUCUUGGCGGCUCGUCGACGAGGGGCGGCCGGCCGGGCAGUAUUUCAGAGGAAUAUCGGCGACCGCUCUUCUGGGCAGUCUGUCGAGCAAUUCGUGGCACGAAGAGGAAGAGGAAGAGGAAGAGGAAGAGGAAGAGGAGUUUGCAGCAGGAUGCAGUUAUGAACAUGAAGGAGGAUUUUAUGGACAAGAAUAUGGAAGUGAAGAAAAUGCAGUACUGGAAUCUGUUGAUAAGAUAGUAGAAUCUAGUGAUGAUAAAGAGGAAGAGGAAGAGGAAGAUGACAUGGGAUUCUUCAUGGUUGGAAUUGGUUGGGAGUUUUCAGAUGGAGAGGAUUGGCUUGUGGUGGAGGAAAUUUAGAGAAUUCACUGAAUCAAAUAAGUCAGAGGAGAGAGAAAGUGAAAGAGAAGGCUCUCUUUCUUUCUCAUCUCUUCCUAUCUCUAUAAUUUCCUUUGUUUCAUCAUCCACUGCUUGAUGUGUUUAUCUCCCUUGACUUUGUACAUUUGAACAUUGUACAUAACCAUACAAAAUAAUCCCAGCCUUGAUAUUGGAGAGGCUGGUUACAUGUUGUAAUAUUUUCAGAAACUGACAUGAAGUUUGGAUUGAGCAAAUCAUAUAAAGAAGAAAGACUUUCAUC